AUGGCGUAACAACGUCAAACCGACCGGGAAAAACUAGCGACGCAAGAUCUAACGUCGGUGAAAACUGAGGAGGAGCUUUAACACGAAAACUGCAUGUCACCCAUUGGACGUCAAGCAGAUUUGGAACUACAUCAAGCAGAGGAAGAAAAUUGAUUUGGAAAAUAAUUCUGCAAGAUAUGACGGCAGCAUUCUUCUUCUGAGAAAUAAUUCAACUCCCAACCAGAGGAAGGAAAUUGAAGAAACGCCCGAAACUUCGAAUCAGAAAUUCGAGAAAUUCCUUAAAAACCUGACCAAUGGGGAAAACGUUAACAUCGGCCAAGCCAAGUAUCUAAAGGCGGGACCAAAUAAGACGUACAAAUCCGAGAUGCGUAGAACGCAUGUCCCCGAUCAUCGUCACGUUUAAAUCUAGAGCAAAAGACUGGGCUGCUUGGGCGAAAAUGACCACACCGUGGCAUCAAACUAAGGCUCCUUCUCAUUGAGCAAAAGCCGGAAAAAAAACUGUAAAUCUUCAGAUUUCCCCAGAUCAAACGGCGCAUUUCAGCCCAAGAAGAAUCAAAUCAACCUCCUCCACAUCGUCGCAGCAUCGCACCCCAAUUCUCGAACGCGAUCCACCUCUGUGUGGAACUCACCUGGUCCGGGUAGGAGUGAGCUGGAACACGACCGAAUCGAGCAGAGCCUCCGACUUCAUUGCAGCGGCAAGGGGGCUACCUUCUCCUCACCCCCUCUCCCCCCCCUCCCCCGGCGACGGUGA